CUACACCCUCUCCCACUGUAUCGCGAGACACUGACUGGGACAGCAGGCAGAGAAAUAUUCAUAUACCUGCAGCACGCGCAGUUGCAAAACCCUUAUGAAUAAAUAGAUACCCUAUGAUUCAUCAAUAGGUUUAACAUCAGCGGGGUACAGCUAGACGGAGAGGAAUGAAUAUUAAUCUGAAUACUGGCAGACACACUGCCUGCUUAGCAAUACAGCCAGCUAGCUGACCAGCAGCUCAAACUUGAUCAUCUUUUAGCAGUGCUGGGCUAGCUAGUUAGCACCAGGCUUGUUCAGUAUACAUUUGCACUUAAACUUUAUCGGAUUUCACUCGCGCCAGCGAACAAAUUGCGUGUUUUGUGCAAAAAAGCUAACUGCACCGGCCUCGCGUUACACACUGGCCUGAAGAUGGUCACAAAUCCCUACCACAGAAUCCUCGCAGAGCCUUAAAACCGGAGAUCACCUGAGAACCUCCAUCAGCUCAGCCUGUUGCUCAUGACAUGUUUUAGUGAUAUCCCCCGAACAUACGUUUUGUGUAGAAUGUGAACUAUUUUAGAGCACCAGACGCUGGCGUUACAAAGUCAAAUCAUUUUCUUUAAAUGGGGGAAAACAAAUAUCAGUCAUUUUCAGGCCACAUUUUCUGGUCAGGUUUUCCAAAUUCAUGUCUAUUAUAAAACCGUAGCCUGAUGAGCAGAUCGCGCGCCACCCAAACACACGUAGAUCACAAAGACCCUGAUGUCCCUGAUGAUCGGUUGGUCUUAAAUUGGGCACUUAAUUGUUAGUCAUGAACGGCUCCCUCUUAACCCCGCCCAGUCCACGGGCUGCGGCUAAUUCGUCUCCCCUUCCACCCUCCCCGUCUCCAUCACCUUCUCCUCCAUCUCCAUCACUGUUGCCCCUCUCCACAAGACCCCCACCACUGCCUCCUCCAAAUCCUGCCAGUCAGCCCUUGUCAUCGUUAUCUGAAACACCCACACCAUCUCCGUCUCCCUGCCUUAGCUGGACCGAGUUCUGUGAGCUCCACGCCCGAGUAGCCGCCGGUGACUUCGCCCGGCAUUUCCGGGCCUUCUUGCAGGAGAACCCUCAUUACUCCCCUGAUUCGGCAGCUGCUUUUUGCCGCCGCUUUACUGACAGAUUCGUUCGACAUUUCGAGAGCGAGCUCGAAGGGACCGGUGUUGGUAGGGAAGGAACGGUGAGCUGGGUUGCCCAACCCGACCUGACGUCGCUGGAGGAGGACGCAGCAUCUCCGUCCUUGUUGCCGCCAGAAGCCGCCACCCCUUGCCCGCCUUCUCACACGCGGGCUGCACCCAAACCUGUCCCGACCCAGGAUGGCCGCGGCACGGAGCAAUUCCAGAGUGCCGGAACAUUUCAGGACUCGUAUGCUCAUACUCAGAUUCUCCCACCGUCCUCCUCUUCGUCAUGCUCUUCCUCUAUGGGUGGGAAUAAUGGGCGGAGGGAGGAGAGGGGAAUAGCGGUCAAAUAUAACCAACCUGGAUACAAAGACCUGGAAGAAGAAGACGACAGCUGGGUGGGGUCUGUCGCCGGAGAGGAGGUGGAGACGGACGUAGUAGAAAGGGACAAUGAGGGCGAGGGUGAUACCACCUUGGAAAGAUCCGAUCUCAGCCAGACUCCAACAAGCCCCACCCCUUCUAGCCCAUCAGCAAACUCUGGGUCAAAAGGCAAUGGGACACCCAUUGGGGGUCACUCUAAGAAUAAACUAAAAAAGCGGUUCUCUUUGCGCAGCGUGGGCCGCAGCGUCCGAGGGAGCGUGCGAGGCAUCUUGCACUGGCGCAGCUCCUCCAGUGACUCUCCUCAGAGCUGCAGCUCGGGUAAUUCUGCCCCGCUUCCUUCCAGUUACAGCUACACUACAGGCUUGCAAGAUGCCAAGAGGAACUCCGCCUCGCAGGGUGUCCCCGCGUCUAUCCCUGUCUCUCUCUCCCUUCCCCUCUCUCUCCCUCACUCGUCGUCCUCUUCAUUGCCCCCGUCGUCCUCCAGUAGCGCCACCUCUCUCUCGUUCUCCGAGGCCCGUGACUGGCGGAGAAGCAACGGCGAUGGGGAGAAGGAGAAAUGGAGUCACCGGUUGGAGAAACUGCGACUGUCCCGCUCACCGCCGCCGACUCUGUCCGCCGCAGCGCCACCUUCCUCAGCCGUGUCGCCCUCGGCGCUACCACCGAGCAGCAUCGGUGCCCCGAGGAAGAUGGGCAGGCUGGUACGGGAGGGUGGUGUGACUGUGUGCUCAUCUUUGGAUGAGUUUACCAGCACUCAUGGUUUCCUGGGAUUUCCUUUUGGACUGCUGCACCACGGCACAGACAGCACAGCGGCAGGACAUCCCACGGCCAUGGGAGGAGCUGCAGACGGAAGGGGUAUGCGUUGGCACAAGUGCCGUCUAGUUCUAAAAGAACGAGAUAAGGACGGAGGGGAUGGAGGGUUGGAGUAUUUCCUGGAGUUUUACAUCCCACCUAAGUCCUCCAAGCCCAGACUGACCGCCCCAUGCUGCUCGAUUGUUGAUGUGAGGAGCACUACAGCUAUAGAGGUGCCAGACAAAGAGAACACCUUCCUUCUACAGUUGGAAGGUCAGGUACAGUACGUGAUCGAGACCAGAGACGCGGUUCAGAUGAGAGCUUGGCUUGGUGACAUCAGAAACGCCAUUUGUUUGAGUGAGCAAGAGGAUGUUGAGGGAGUGUGUGGCAGUGCUCUCAGCGACCUCAGCGGUAUGCCAGAAUUCAACGACCGCCUGUCUCAAGUGUGCUAUGGUGGAGUUGGUGGUUCACCCCAGCUGGAGCCUCUACCUCCUGAGUUGCCACCCCGUGCCCCUCUUGAUGAAUCCGGAGCUAGCCUUGGCACACCUUUUGCUGAAACUCCUGAUGCCACAGGGUCCUUCCUGUUCUCUGAAGGUUCUGUUUCAGAGACGGUGGAACAUCCUCUGAGUGAGUGUCAGUGGUUCCACGGCACACUGUCCCGUCUUAAGGCGGCCCAGCUGGUGCUGGCGGGUGGCAUGGCCAGCCAUGGAGUGUUCCUUGUGCGGCAGAGUGAGACACGGCGUGGGGAGUAUGUCCUCACCUUCAACUUCCAGGGCAAAGCAAAGCACUUGCGUCUCUCCCUGAACGAGGAUGGACAGUGUCGUGUGCAGCAUCUCUGGUUCCAGUCCAUUUUUGACAUGCUGGAGCAUUUCCGUGUGCACCCCAUUCCCCUGGAGUCUGGGGGUGCCUCUGAUGUCACCCUCAUCAGCUUUGUGGGGGCCACGAAUGUCCGGCAACCAGACUUGACCAGCAGACCCCGUAGUCCUCCUCAGCCACCUCCUCCCCCUCUGCCUCCCGGACGCCCUCCGCCCCCAACCCCGCCGCAGGAACGAGGGAGCGAAACGGAGGCCGCCGGAGCAAGCAGCGGGGCCGAAGAGUGCGAGGAACGGGAGCCGGCUCUCCUCCAGCUGGAAGGGGUGGAGGGCGAGGAAAGAGAAGGAGGGCGAGCGAGAGCCAUCGACAACCAGUACUCCUUCUUCUAAAACGGGGAGAACAACGAGGUGGGAUGGAGGAGGAAGAGGAGAGCCCUUCACAAUCAGUUUUCAGUAUUCUCCAGCGGAAGAACUGACCGAUGGGUCACACGACCGAGUUAUUAACACUAUUAAACAUCAGCUUUCAUGGUGCGAGAGAGAGAUGGAGAGAAAGAGAGAGAGAGACACCCAAACACAUAAGCAUAUAUGAUACUGAUGGUACAUGUUUUUUAAAACACUAAGUAACGGUACUACACUAAUUUGGAAGUGCAUUGUGAAAAUGUUGGUCAGCUUGUACUAAUUUGAAAGGUCCUCCUCUGGUGCUGCAUAGGAAGGUACGAAAGUGUCAGCACCGCCACUGACCUGUAUUUAGCAACGUAUUUCUUGAAGAGUCCUUCACGUCAUCGCAAUGUCAAGUCAUUACAGUGUCGGACUCGCUUAUUGAUUUAGAUGUCUAGUAUUCUUUGACCCUUCGCACUUAUAGAAAAGGAGUUCCUUUUUUCCCUCAGGUGAGAGGAGAUUGUUACCCACCAGCACUCUUGUUGUUGUUAUUAUUAGUAGUGUUAUAAUCAUUACUGGAGCUGUUUAAGCUGUUUUCUUUUUGUUCUGCCACUGACAAAUUACGAAUGUCACAAAGUAAUAACUUUUUAUCCUGUUUAUUUCAAUUGUACUGAUUUUGCUAGUUCAGUAGCAGGCAUUGCCUCGAGCUUAACAACGUCCCAUUUUUGCCAAAAACUUUCAAGCCCAGUCCUCUGAAGUCCAUUAGUAUUACUUCUUAAGGUUAAUUACCAUAUUAAACAUCUCCAUAGACUCCAUUAUUACCUCAGAGUCCUGAUCUGUUGCCCAGCUCCUCUGCUCUCUCUUUCUCCCUCUCUGUCUUCACAUCCUACCCUUCCUCUUAGCUUCACAGUCUUUGGUUUUAUUGGUGCGUUUAUUUCUAUGCUAGAGUCCAGAGGAGGGAGAGAGAAUGUCCUUCAUUUAAAACAGAAAUUGUUAUUGAAUAUAAAAAUGAUAAUAACUGAUGAUGAUGAUAAUAAUUAUGAAUUUAACAAUUGUCCAAAUAAUAGUAUUAUUAUUUUUUGUUUGUUUCAAAACGCCUUUAUUUUUGUUGUUUAUUAUAUGAACGAAUAAUAUUUGUUCUCCAAAAUCUGUUUCUAAUUUUUUGUGCCUUUUUAUAUCUCUCCUAACCUCACUCUGUCCCACGGCUGUCUCCUUCAAACUGUGCUUCGGUUUCCACAGAGUCCAGGAAAACUUUUGAAAAAGGAAAAAUAGAUAAAGAGCCCCUUUCUUCUUGUGCCUUUUCGUGUUGUUAAUUGUCAUUCCCUCUUGUUUUGUGCCAGUCAUUCUUGAUUUUGUGCCUCGGUCAGUCUUUUUGUGGUGUCUGCCGUCCAGUUCAGUGCCUCCAUCUGUAUUCUCCUGCUUUGUUUCUCUGGUUCUGUCUCAGCUUUUUCACUUGUUCUCUUCUUGAUCCUACAGAUCAUUUGUGAUGACUUGUUUUCUCUCCAUUUGACCCUUUAUUUAAACCUCUUAUCGUGCCUUCUCUCUCUUUUCUCUUCGCUCUGUCUGUCUAUGCUGGGACCGUGUGUUAAGGUGGACAUUGUUGCCCACACUGUGUAAUUAGAGUUUCAGGUACUACAUUGAAUUAAAUGAUGAUGAUGAUGAUGAUGAUAUAAUAUAAUUAUUCUGAAACAA